AUGGCGACGCACCAUCGUGCUCUCCUCCUCCUGCUCGCCGUGCUGCUCCCGGCGGCGGCCACGGCCGACCCGGACGCCGUGCAGGACUUCUGCGUGCCGGACCCCGGGCGCGGCCGGCCGGUGGAGCUCAACCUGAUCCGCUCCUACCCGUGCAGGAGCCCCGCGAACCUCACCGCGGGCGACUUCGCCUUCUCAGGCGUGCGCGCCGCGGGCAACUUCUCGGCCGACACGGGGUUCGCGGGGGUGUCCGUCACGCCGGCGCAGUUCCCGGGCCUGCACACCCUCGGCAUGUCCUUCGCGCGCGCCGACCUCUCGGCCGCGGGGGGCGUCAACCCGCCGCACUACCACCCGCGCGCCACCGAAACGGCGCUCGUCCUCGCCGGCCGCGUCUACGCCGGCUUCGUCGACACCGCCGGCCGCCUCUUCGCCAAGGUGCUCGUGGAGGGGGAGGUCAUGGUGUUCCCCCGCGGCAUGGUGCACUUCCAGCUCAACGUCGGCGACCAGCCCGCCACCGUCUACGGCACCUUCAACAGCGAGAACCCCGGGAUCGUGCGCGUCCCGGCCACCGUGUUCGGGUCCGGGAUCAGGGACGCCGUCCUCGAGAGGGCCUUCGGGCUCUCCCCCGAGGAGCUCCGGCGGAUCGAGAAGAGGUUCGGCGUGCCCAAGAAGGCCGAGCUGGAGGACUAG